AUGUUCGUGCAGGAGGAGAAGAUCUUCGCGGGCGAGGUGCUGCGGCUGCACAUCUGCGCCACCGACGGCACCGAGUGGCUGGAGGAGGCGACCGAGGACACCUCGGUGGAGAAGCUCAAGGAGCGCUGUCUCAAGCACUGUGCCCACGGGAACCUCGAAGACCCCAAAAGUGUAACGCAUCAUAAACUAAUACACGCCGCCUCGGCGAGGGUGCUCAGUGACAGCAAGUCCAUCUCGGAAGAGCGUGUUGAAGACAGAGAUGUUUUGUUGCUCGUGAGGAAGCGGACCCCGGCUCCACUUCCCAAGAUGGCUGAGGUGUCAGCAGAGGAGAAGAAAAAGCAAGAACAGAAAGCGCCGGACAGAGAUGCUAUUUUCCGGGCCACAGCCGACCUGCCCUCCUACAACAUGGACCGCGCUGUGGUGCAGACCAGCAUGCGAGACUUCCAGACCGAGCUCCGCAAGAUCUUAGUGUCUCUCAUCGAGGUGGCCCAGAAACUGCUGGCACUGAACCCCGACGCUGUGGAGUUGUUUAAGAAGGCGAAUGCCAUGCUGGACGAGGACGACGAGGAGCGAGUGGACGAGGCUGCCCUGCGACAGCUCACGGAGAUGGGCUUCCCCGAGACCAGAGCCAUGAAGGCCCUGCGGCUGAACCACAUGUCGGUGACACAGGCCAUGGAGUGGCUCAUCGAGCGCGCGGAGGACCCCACCAUUGACUCACCCCUCCCAGGCCAGGCCUCGUCAGGCAGCACAGGGGCCGCGGCCGCCCCAGCGUCCUCUCCCGCCCCCGAGGCCUCCCCAGUUCCCUGUACCUCUGCCGAGGUAUCCGUGGGGACCAGCGCGGCCGAUGAGGAGGCCAGGGAUGAGCUGACGGACGUCUUCAAAAAGAUCCGCAGGAAAAGGGAGUUCCGAGCGGACGCACGGGCCGUCAUGUCCCUGAUGGAGAUGGGCUUUGAUGAGAAGGAGGUGAUUGAUGCCCUGCGUGUCAACAACAACCAGCAGGCGGCCGCUUGUGAGUGGCUGCUAGGAGACCGGAAGCCCUCCCCGGAGGAACUGGACAAGGGCAUGGACCCUGACAGCCCCCUCUUCCAAGCCAUCCUGGACAACCCCGUGGUGCAGCUGGGUCUGACCAACCCUAAGACACUGCUGGCGUUCGAGGACAUGCUGGAGAACCCCCUCAACAGUACACAGUGGAUGAACGACCCGGAGACCGGGCCCAUCAUGCUGCAGAUCUCCCGCAUCUUCCAGACCCUAAACCGCACGUAG